AACCCCGACGGGCUUCUUCUUCUUCUUCUUCUCCGAGUUUUUGAGUCUUCUGAGUUUCCUUCUUCUUCUUCUGCCGAGUGAGAGAGCGAGAGAAAGAUGGCGUCGUCCGAUGCUCGUGCGGAGAACAUGUACUUGGCGAAGGUGGCCGAACGGGCGGAGCGGUUCGAGGAGAUGUUGGAGUUCGUUGAGAAGGGGGCGACGGCGGCGAGCUCUGAUGGAAGGGACCUGACGGCGGAGGAACGCCACCUCCUCUCCGUCGCCUACAAGAACGUCGUCGGUUCCCGUCGGGCGGCCUGGCGCAUCCUCAUGUCGAUCGAGCGGAGCGAGGAGAAACGCUGCAACAGCCACCGCGCCGGAACCAUCCAGGACUACCGCACUAGGAUUGAGUCCGAUCUCUCCUCCGUCUGCGGCCGCAUCCUUCGCUUCCUCGACUCUCACCUCAUCCCAUCGGCCCCAUCCCCCGAGUCCAAGGUCUGCUUCCUCAAGAUGAAGGGUGACCAUCUCCGCUACCUCGCGGAGUUCAAGACCGGCACCGAUCGCAAGGAAGUCGUCGAGAACACUCUCUCCGCCUACAAGUCUGCCCAGGAGAUUGCCGUCGCCAAAUUACCUACGACCCAUCCGAUCCGUCUGGGUCUUGCGCUCAACUUCUGCGUCUUCUAUUACGAGAUCAUGGGCUCGCCAGACCAGGCCUGCGCCUUAGCUAAUCAGGCGUUGAGUGAGGCGAACAUGACCGGGACAGAGAGGCCCGACCACGGACAGCCAAAGGAGAGCUCGGUCGUCAUGCAGCUACUUCGUCAUAAUUUGGCCGUUUGGGCAACUGAGUUGCAGGAUGACGACGAAGAUGGAAGGGUGCCCGAUGAAGAAUAGUUGCUCUGUGAUUGCCGUUUCUUUCUUUUGUAUUCUUCCUUUUCCUUGCUUGCCAGUUAACCUCAUAGUUUAUUUUUCUUAUGCCACCCUCCUCCCCCUCAAUUUUCAGUUUUCUUUUCUUCCCUUUGUUUGGUGUCUCAAAGGUCGUUACCUUGUUUUUUUAUUUCCCCCAUGGAAAUCCCAUCUGAGGAUCUACCGGAAAGCCCGAGAUGAUGUCUAUACUGGCCAUUUGAUUUCAGUGGUAAAAUAAUCACUCAACAAUGUGUAACUGAAGGAAUUUUUUUUC